CGUUGUGCUAAUUUGGUACUCACUCAUCACAAGAGCUUUUGGCGGAAUGUGUCAAACAUAUUGUGAAACGUAUUGAUUGACACACGUAAUGUAAGGUCAGAAGGAUCCGGUUACGACGUGUUGUCAAGAAGGAAGUCACACUGCUGUCUCCUGGCAACCAUGAUGCACGUGCUCUACCUGCCUCAAAUCACGGGCAUCUUUAUGUUCAAAGCAGAGUUGUGUUCCGCCACGUCCGUUCUAGCCACUACGGACACCGACACGGGGAUACAAUGCGCCGCUCUGUGCCUCCAGAACCCUCAGUGCCGGACAUUUGACCGCAACGGCCGAAACUGUACUCUCUUUCCCCAGCCUGACAAUGACCAGUGCAAGAGGGAACAAUUCUCAAGUUACUUUGUGGAGCGCGGGGAGUGUCAGAACGGGGGCUACAAAGGCACGGGGAACAGCUGCGUCUGCGUUCACGGCUAUGUGGGGGACAACUGUGAGAGACGCAUGGCAAGUUGCAGCGAAGGGUUCAAGUCAGGCAGCUACGUCAACUUUAAGGGUGUUUUGCCCGUCCAGCCGUCGACCUCCAACCACACCUUCUUUGUUCUUUGCGACAUGAGCAAAGGCGGGAGACUGUACGUUCAGUACCGCGAACAUUCCUCCACUGACAUGUUCCGACCAUGGUCGGAGUACACUGGCGGCUUCGGAACGCUUACGGGUGACCACUGGCUUGGAAACCGUCACCUCUACGCCCUCCUUUCGUUUAAGAACAUGACCUUCACCAUCAGCUACGUCAUUAAGGACGGCACGGCCUACUCCCAACGUUACACCAGCUUCAAAAUCUUGGACGAGGACAACAAUUUCGCAAUUGAUUCUUUCGACCAAACAUCCGGGGACUUUGGGAUCGACUGCCUGACCGGGGUCAUCAGGCAGCCAUUCUCAGCCAAAGACCGUGACAACGAUGAUCUUUCGUGGUGGACUUGUGCCUUGGAACAUCAGUCGGGCUGGUGGUUCAAAAGUUGUGAUGUCAUCGCGUAUUCCUACGCGGGGAUUCCGACCCUGUGCAACCCCAACGGUCGACUCACUCCGACUUCAGACGGCCUUCGACAGAACGUUCCUGGGGAGGUCUUCUGGGAUGGAUUUCCCUAUUCGGUGUACAGCACGUACAUCUGGCUGACAGACUCGCCAUGAGAUCGGACCAGUCGCAGUUGCACGACAGUCGUUUGUGUUUUGCGCGUACAUCUGGCUGACAGACUCGCCAUGAGAUCGGACCAGUCGCAGUUGUUGGACAGUCGUUUGUGUUUUGCGCGUACAUCUGGCUGACAGAAUCGCCUUCAGUGUGUGCCCUUUGUGUGAGGCUGCAUAUAUACCGAGGAGCAAAAGAAACUAUACCGCUCAAUUGAUUUUAUCACCUGUUUGAUUUCAGUUGAAAAUAACUUGUGAGUGAUAUCAUAUUCUAAAAAUGAACCAUAGUGGUGAUCAGUCAGCACUGUAAGAUUACUG